AAAGAAAAAAUUGGACAAGCAAAACGGCGCGUCUCUGAAAGGGGCUUAGUUAGUAACAUUUAUUGAGUGAAAACUGUAAGGAGUCGGUGUGUAAUGGAGCAAGACAUGGAGAUGGGUAGCUCAACGACGAUACUCCACAACGCGGUGAUAGUUACUAUGGACAACGAAAGCAGAGUAUUUCGAAACGGCGGCGUUUUCAUUGCUCGAGAUCAAAUCAAGGCCAUUGGUCAAUCUGCUGAUAUACUUCAACAGUUCUCUUCGUUGACCGACCAGAUCGUCGAUCUUCAAGGCCGAAUCCUACUUCCUGGACUGAUCAAUACACACGUUCACACAUCUCAACAACUAGCGAGAGGGAUAGCUGAUGAUGUGGAUUUGAUGACAUGGUUACACAAUCGAAUCUGGCCAUACGAAUCUAACAUGACCAAAGAAGAUUCUUACAUCUCCACUUUACUUUGUGGAAUUGAGCUCAUUCACUCUGGUGUAACGUGUUUUGCUGAAGCAGGAGGGCAGCAUGUAACUGGAAUGGCUAAAGCAGUUGAGUUACUGGGGAUACGCGCAUGUUUAGUCCAGUCAACAAUGGACUCUGGUGAGGGUCUACCUGCUUCUUGGGCAAUUCGAACUACUGAUGAUUGUAUUCAGUCUCAGAAGGAGCUUUAUGAGAAGCACCAUGGUACAGCUGAGGAGCGCAUUAGAGUAUGGCUUGGGAUUAGGCAAAUUAUGAAUUCAACUGACACUUUAUUACUUAAAACAAGAGAUACAGCCAGAGAAUUGAAAACUGGAAUCCACAUGCAUGUUGCAGAGAUACCCUAUGAGAAUCAACUCGUGAUGAAUACUCGAGAUGUUGAUCAUGGAACAGUUACAUAUUUGGACAAGAUAGGAUUCCUGCAAGACAACUUGCUCUCAGCCCAUACUGUUUGGGUAAACAACACAGAGAUUGGUUUCCUCUCAAGGGCUGGUGUCAAAGUAUCUCACUGCCCUGCUGCUGCAAUGCGUAUGCUAGGGUUUGCACCCAUAAAGGAGAUGCUUAAUGCUGACAUAUGUGUUUCCUUGGGAACUGAUGGGGCACCAUCAAACAAUAGGAUGAGCAUAGUUGAUGAGAUGUAUCUAGCUUCUUUGAUUAACAAAGGACGAGAAGUUUUUGCAAAUGGAACAACUGAUCCAACGGCUCUGCCUGCUGAAACAGUACUCAGAAUGGCUACAAUAAAUGGUGCAAAAUCAGUUCUAUGGGACAAUGAAAUAGGGUCACUUGAGAUUGGGAAAAAGGCUGAUAUGGUUGUGGUUGAUCCUUUUUCAUGGCCUAUGGUUCCUAUUCACGACUGGAUUACAAGUAUCGUGUAUUGCAUGCGAUCAGAGAAUGUAGUCUCUGUAAUGUGCAAUGGGCAGUGGAUUAUGAAGGAAAAGAAAAUCUUGAAUGUCAAUGAGGGAGAAAUUAUUUCAGCUGCAAAAGAAGCUUCUUCCGAACUUCUGAAAAGGGCUGGCAUUAAAUUACCACACAGAAUGAAUGUUCUCUGAGUGGUAUUCUCUUGGGCAAUCUCGUUGUGGCAAACCCUUCUGGUUGCUAUUUUACUUGAAAUGUAUGUAAUGUGUUAUACAGUUCAGUAUUGGAUUGCAUAGCAUGCUCUGUUUGCAUAAUAUUUAUUUGUGUUCUAGAAAAAAAAAAGAAGAAGAAGAAGAAGAAUAUAUUUACCAUA